AUGUCCUCAUCACCUACCCCCCCACCAACCGAACUCCCCCCAAACCCAACAACCCAACGCACGCUCCCCAUCCUAACCAACCACUGCCGAUUCUGCAACCACCUCCUCCUCGCAACAACACAGACCGUAUCCGCUCUGGCACGACGAAAAGAGCCCGCGCGAGACGGCGCCCUGAUCCUCCCGUUACCGUCCCCGCGCGCGCAAAGCAAUGAUACAGAGCCAUCGGACGAGAAAGGGCAGGAAGGUCAAGGGAGCGGGUCCGGCAAGCCGGUUCAACAACAAUAUUCGAUUCUUCUAUCAACGGCGGUGCCGGAUCGGAGGGCGACGAUGGUGCGACGGGAGGAUGGGUUCGAGAAGAGGUGGUUUCUACGGUGUGGGCGGUGUCGUGUGGUGGUGGGGUACUUCUUGGAUGCGGUGCAUUUUCCAAAUGUGACUGCUGCUGGGAAAGAACCGGAUGGGGAGGAUGAGGAUGUGGAGGCGGAGAGAGCCAAGGUGGUUUAUCUAUUGCCCGGGGCCUUGGUCGAGACGGACGAUAUGGGCGAUCCCGAGAAGAUGAAAGCAAUCGAUCGAGAGUGGGCGGGCUGGUUGCCCUAA